ACUCAUUUAAUGUACAGUGACCGAAUACAUUUUGUGAAGUGACAAAAUGAUAUCCUAUAAAUUAGAUAUCUCACUGCACUCACUCAUACCAAGUUACCAACCUUCUCUUUCUCUCUGUAUUUUGUUAGUAGAGAUAGUGCUUAUUAGUGAUAUAUUAUUCAGAUUAUUAUUACAUAAGAAAACUCCUCUGUUAAUUUCUUUCUGUAUAAUAAAGAUGGCGAUGGUGGCGAUAGUAGUAGCAGUAAUGGUGGUGAUGAUUAGAGUCGUGUACAACACGGUGUGGUUCUAUUGGUUAAACCCGAGACGCAUCAGAAAAAUCAUGGACCAGCAAGGAGUGCGUGGGCCCAAACCUCGCCUUCUCCUCGGUAACAUCUUGGACAUGGCUGCUCUCAUAGAAAAAUCAACUUCCAACGACAUGAAUUCCAUCAAUCACGACGUCGUUUCGCGUCUAUUACCUCAUUAUUCCGCCUGGUCCAAACAACAUGGGAAACGGUUUAUAUAUUGGAAUGGAAUCGAGCCAAGGAUGUGUUUAACGGAGACUGAUUUGAUAAAAGAGCUGUUAUCAAAAUACAGUAACAUAUCUGGGAAAUCGUGGCAGCAACAACAAGGGUCCAAACAUUUUAUUGGGCGUGGCUUAUUAAUGGCCAACGGUAGAGAUUGGUACCACCAGCGUCACAUCAUUGCCCCUGCAUUCAUGGGUGACAAGCUCAAGAGCUAUGCGGGGUACAUGGUGGAAUGCACUAAGAAGAUGCUCCAAACACUAGAGAAAGAAGUUGACUCGGGUCGAACCGAAUUCGAAAUCGGUGAGUACAUGACCCGACUCACCGCCGACAUAAUAUCUCGUACAGAGUUCGAUAGCAGCUACGAGAAAGGAAAGCAAAUAUUCCAUCUUUUAACGGUUUUACAACAUCUUUGUGCUCAAGCAAGUCGUCGUCUAUGUCUUCCCGGAAGCCGGUUCUUACCAAAUAAGUAUAACAGAGAAAUAAAGUCAUUGAAAUCAGAAGUUGAGAGGUUACUAAUGGAGAUAAUCCAAAGCAGAAAAGACUGUGUUGAGAUUGGGAGAAGUAGCUCGUAUGGAAAUGAUCUUCUUGGUAUGCUACUUAAUGAAAUGCAAAAGCAAAAGAGAGGGAAUAUGGGUUUUAGUUUGAAUCUUCAACUUAUAAUGGAUGAGUGCAAGACAUUUUUCUUUGCUGGACACGAAACUACAGCACUCUUGCUGACGUGGACUGUCAUGUUAUUAGCAAGUAGUCCUACGUGGCAAGACAGGAUUCGUGCUGAGGUCAAAGAAGUUUGCAAAGGCCAACAUCCUACCGUUGAUCAUCUCCCAAAACUUACUUUGUUAAAUAUGGUAAUAAACGAAUCACUGAGGCUAUAUCCUCCUGCUAGUGUACUCCCAAGAAUGGCUUUUGAAGACAUAAAGCUUGGGGAUCUUCUUAUCCCAAAGGGGCUAUCGAUAUGGAUACCAGUGCUUGCAAUUCAUCAUAGUGAGGAGUUAUGGGGUAAAGAUGUAAAUGAGUUCAACCCAGAAAGAUUUGCUUCCAAGUCAUACAUUCCUGGUCGAUUCAUACCAUUCGCUUCCGGCCCAAGAAAUUGCAUCGGUCAAGGUUUCGCCAUUAUGGAAGCUAAGACAAUUUUGGCCAUGUUAAUCUCUAAGUUUAGCUUCACCAUUUCAGAUACUUAUCGCCAUGCUCCUGUUGUUGUCCUUACCAUAAAGCCUAAGUAUGGAGUUCAAGUUUGUUUGAGGCCUCUUAAUUAGUUAGCUAUAUAUAUAUAUAUAUAGUCGGUCAUUAUCAUAUAUUGGACUUCAUUACAAAUUAGAUUAUAUUAAUUAUGAGGCUAUAUAUAUUUCAUAAUUAAUAUGGAUGUUAAUUAAUUGAGUUUUGUUCAGAGAUUGGUAAUUAGGCUUCUUUUGGAGUUUCUUGUAUUAUUCUCGAUAAGCAUAUGGCAAGUUUCAUCUUUACUAUUA